GGUCACGGGAUAGAGGGAUCAGAGAUGAGUGCAGUCAGGAGGGGUGUAAGUAUAAAAGAGUUGGCCAGGGGGUGGCACAGGGGGCACCACAGUAGAGUUUGUGAGGCGUUAAAGGAAAGAGAACGGAUGAUAUGAGGAUGUGGAAGAGCGUGUGUUUAGUGAUUGUGUGCAUUGUGCUGGCAAACGCUCAGUUUCCACGUCAAUGCAUGACACCUGAAGGUCUCCAGAACGGCACUUGCUGCCCGUCACCUACUGGACUGCCCAACGAUGAGUGCGGAUCCAGUACUGGGAGGGGUCAGUGUGUAUCAAUCACAGCUGACCGCCGUCCACACGGGCCUCAGUAUCCUCACGAUGGACGGGACGAUCGAGAACGAUGGCCUCUACGGUUCUUUAACAGAACCUGCCAGUGUAACGGAAACUUCAGUGGAUUUAACUGUGGCCGAUGCCGACAUGGUCUGACAGGACCAAACUGUGAUCAAAGAAUCACAGUGGUGCGACGUAACGUAAUGCAGAUGUCUGCAGACGAGAAAAGAGCUUUUGUGAAUGCUCUGGACCAGGCCAAAAGAACCGUCCACCCCGACAUAGUCAUCUGUCCCCGACGUCAUCAGGAGAUUUUCGGCCCGAAUGGAACGAGUGUUCAGUUUGAGAACAUCACCAUCUAUAAUUACUUUGUUUGGACCCACUACUAUUCAGUCAGCAAAACGUACAUGGGUCCAGGUCAGCAGAGCUUUGGCGGUGUGGAUUUCUCUCACGAAGGACCAGGAUUUGUCACUUGGCACAGAUACCACCUGUUGCAACUGGAGAGAGACAUGCAGGACAUGCUGGGCGACCCGACGUUUGCCCUCCCGUACUGGAACUUUGCUAUAGGAGGCAACGAGUGUGAUAUCUGUACUGAUGACCUGCUGGGAGCCAGAAGCAGCUUUGACACGAACGGCAUCAGUUCCAACUCUGUGUUCUCUCAGUGGAGAGUCAUCUGCGAGAGUGUGGAGGAGUAUGAAACGCUUGGGACCAUCUGCAACAGUACAGAGACAAGUCCGAUCAGAAGAAAUCCUGCUGGUAAUGUGGCUCGACCCAUGGUUCAGAGAUUACCGGAACCACAGGAUGUCAUUGACUGCCUAGAACUGAACACGUUCGACACGCCACCAUAUUACUCGACUUCAUCUCAGAGUUUCAGAAAUACUGUUGAGGGCUACAGCGCUCCCCAGGGUAACUAUGACCCAGUGGUGAGGAGUCUGCACAACCUGGCUCAUUUGUUUCUCAACGGCACAGGUGGACAGACUCACCUAUCACCGAACGACCCCAUCUUCGUCCUGCUUCAUACUUUCACCGAUGCCAUCUUUGAUGAAUGGCUUCAGAGACACACAGCUGCAGGAACAGUGGUCUAUCCUGAGGAAAAUGCUCCUAUCGGUCACAAUAGAGAAUACAACAUGGUUCCUUUCUGGCCGCCAGUCAGAAACGCUGAAAUGUUUGUCGCCGCCCCGGACAACCUGGGCUACGCGUAUGAGGUUCAGUGGCCGACUCGGUCCUACACCAUCUCAGAAAUCAUCACCAUAGCGAUCGUUGCCGUGGUGCUCGUCGUGGCUGUGGUGGGCGGAGUCUUCGGGUGCGCUGUCCGGGCACGCUCAUACCGCUCAGCCGAGGGCCUGGAGCCGCUGCUAGGGGAUCAGUACCGCCGAUAUUCUGAAGAUGAGCAACGUGCUGUAAAAUCUCAGUCUGUGGUGUAGCUGAGAAUCUUAAGAAACACAUUUUAUCAUUGCACUGUUCAUUUACACUGUACUCUGAGAGAUGAAUUAUGAAUUAUUAGCAUUCGAAAGCAGCAUAAAGAUUUUUGAACACAAGGGGCCUCAUUUUUGACUUUUUAUCGUGGUUUUUUAUGUCUAGUGAGACACUGAAAACCCAGUCAUGUGUGUGGCCUUAAAACACAUUUAAUGUUCAAAGUGCCUCGAGUUUUAUGCACUGCUUAUGAAUGUCCUAUGAAUACAUUAAUAUGACUUGUGGCUAAAGUGCGCUGUGACCUCUUUUGUAUUAUUCUGAAAUAAAGUUAAAAAGUCAUGACUUCCA